AUGAGGGUCUUCCUGUCGGUUGCUCUCCUCCUCUGCGGUCUGUGCCUCGCUCGCGCUCAGCUCACUGACCGGGUCGGUGAUGCGCUUCGCCGCGGGUUGUCAUGGCAACAUAACGGUCAGGUUUUCAGUGUCCUGAGCCGCGGCUCUCAGUACCAGCCCCCCAGCAGGAGUCAGACCGGCGGUCAGCCGGUUAUCGUCCUCGCCGGUAACGACACGGUGUCCGCCGCCGCGCGCGCCUCUCCGCGCGUCCCUGCCACCAGCGGCGCCGCGCAAUUACGCGCGAUGACGCGUCCCCGGCGGCCAGAGAGCGACGGCGUCCCGGUGAGAGCGGAGGACACGAUGGCCGGAGACGAUCCGUACAACCCGUACAAACCGUCCAACUACUAUCCGAACUACAACUAUUACAACUCCUACUACAGACCGCGGGCGCGGGUCCGAGCCCGGCACGGCUACGGAACCCGCUACCAUCAGUACGGCCUUCCAGAUCUGGUUCCUGAUCCGUACUACAUCCAGAGCUCCACCUACGUCCAGAGAGCUCCUAUGUACAGCCUCCGCUGUGCCGCAGAGGAAAACUGCCUCGCAUCUUCCUCUCGUUAUUCUCAGGAUUACGACACCAGGGUUUUGUUGCGAUUUCCUCAGCGGGUGAAGAACCAGGGAACAGGUGACUUCCUGCCCAACAAACCUCGUUAUUCCUGGGAGUGGCACAGCUGCCAUCAACACUUCCACAGCAUGGACGAGUUCAGCACGUACGAGCUGCUGCACACGAACUCUCAGCAGCCCGUGGCUGAAGGUCACAAGGCCAGUUUCUGUCUGGAGGACACGUCAUGUGACCCGAGCUACUACCGCCGCUUCGCCUGCACCUCGCACACCCAGGGUCUGAGUCCAGGUUGUUAUGACACCUACAACGCUGACAUCGACUGUCAGUGGAUCGACAUCACCGACGUCGCGCCUGGAAAAUACAUCCUUAAGUUGACUGUAAAUCCCAGAAAACAGGUUCCAGAGUCCAACUUCAACAACAACGUGGUUCGCUGUGACAUCCAGUACACCGGGAACGCCGCUCACAUCUCUGGAUGCACCACCACAGCAAGCUGAGCUGAUAUUUCCAAACGAAACUCGAAGACGAAGCCAGAAUUGUUUCAGAAC